UUUUACUGCAACACUUCCUGUGAUUUUACCCGUUGUUUCGGAAACCAGGAAGAUGGGUUUGGAAUCGUCGAAAUGGGUUAUAAUGUUCUUAGUUUGUUGGCUUUGUAAAAAUGUGAACAGUAACUCUGUUGCUCAGAAGAUUUAUGUAGAAGUGAAUAACACUGUACCGUGUGUCCGACUGCUCAAUGCAACACAUCAGAUUGGCUGCCAGUCCUCAAUAUCAGGUGAUACAGGUGUAAUCCAUGUUCUGGAGUCUGAGGCAGAUCUGGAAUGGCCUUUGACCAAAGGACCCAAUCCUCCUUAUAUGAUCCUGUUGGAGUCACACCUCUUCACCAGGUCCAUCAUGAUGAAGAUUAAGAAAGAAUCCAGCAGAAUAGCGGGGGUUACUGUGGUGGUCCCAAAUACAAGCCCGUCAGAGUUCUCGCCACACACCACCUGUCCGAACGAGAACACCGGUGUGUACUCGGACACCUACGGUCCUCACUUGGCCCACUGUAAUACGACUGUAUGGAACCCCCUGGGGAACGGUCUGUCCUACGAGGAAUUUGACUUCCCCGUGUUUUCCCUGAAAGAGGACAAGCAAGCAGAGGCCAUCAAACAGUGCUACUACGACCAUAACCGGGUAGUGAACGGCAGCGCCCCCCAGUACCCUCUGUGUGCCAUGCAGCUCUUCUCCCACAUGUUCGCUGUCACGGAUACGGCCACGUGCAUGAGGCGCAACGACGUCAUCAACUUCAGCAUCAACCCAGAGAUGGUGUGUGACCCCCUUGGGGAUUUCAACGUGUGGGGUUCCAUUCGGCCUUAUAACAGGAGCCAGUUGGGCCACAGGGACAAUGAAAGCGUUGUCAUGGCAGCAGCCAGGCUGGACAGCAGGGCGUUUUUCUGGGACGUGUCUACAGGGGCAGAGGGGAGUAUCUCAGGAUUCGUCACUCUGUUGGCUGCUGCUCAUGCACUGCGUGAUGUCACUCAGGUGGCCCCUCCCACACAUAACAUCCUCUUUGCCUUCUUCCAAGGGGAAGCAUUUGACUACAUAGGCAGCUCUCGGAUGGUUUAUGACAUGCAGAAUGGCAAGUUUGUGAUUGACCUGGACAAUGUUCACUCGCUACUCGAGAUUGGACAGGUGGGCCUGCGCAAUGGCAGCGACCUCUUUCUCCACUCGGACCCUGUGUCCAGGAUGAACGACACCGUCAACGACCAGGUUAAGAGACUUGUGGACAACUUCCAGUCCUCCGCUACGGGGGCCAACUUCUCUUUGGUUGAGCCGGGCGUCUCUCAGCCGCUCCCGCCCUCCUCCCUCCAGCGUUUCCUGCGAGCUCAGAACAUUCCAGGGAUCGUGCUUGCCGACCACCGCGCCGCGUUCAACAACAAGUACUAUGAGAGUUACUACGACAACGCUGACAAUCUCAACUUACGCUAUCCGCCUAACAUGACAGCGGAGGAACAGCUGGAGUUUUUGACUGACACUGCUAUGGCUCUGACUGAGGUGGCUACAGUAGUAGCCCGUGCCCUUUACAAGCAGGCUGGUGGAGACGGGACCCAAGUGGACAACAUUAAGGCAGAUUCCAAAACGGUGACCCAGAUGCUGUUUGGGUUUCUGGUCCAGGCCAACAACAGCUGGUUUCAGGCGCUGAUUCCCCCGGAACUAAAGGACAUGCUCAAGGCCAGCCCACCAGACUUCUAUGUUGGCGUUGCGUCGUCCUCACCGGCAAAGGCAAAACCGCUGACACGUCUUGUCCAGUUCCUCCUGGCUAAUUUAACCGGGACAGCCACCAACCUCACUCAGGACCAAUGUCAGAAACCAGACGAUUUGCCAGAUGAGAGCGUACAGAUGUAUUCCUAUUUGUGGGUCCAGGGCACGGUCCCACACAACGGGACGGAAAAGGGUCCUUUUUGUGUUCGCGCGUCGGUACGCCUGUCCCAAGCUUUGUCCCCUGCCUUCGACCUGGGAGAGUAUGCUUCCAGAAACUAUUCCACAUGGACAGAAUCACGGUGGAAGUUCAUAAAAGCUCGGAUCUUUCUAGUGGCCAGCCGGGACCUAGAGAUGCUGACUUUAGGUGUGGGAGUGGCUGUUUUGUUCUCAUCCCUACUGGUGACGUACUUCAUCAGCACCAAGGCAGACGUCCUCUUCAGCUCCGCGAGGGAACCCGCUAGUGCCGCCUACUGAUUGGCUCAGGCGUUUUAACCUGUGACAAGCGACCACUACUCUCCCAACCAAACAGGAACAUACUUCAUUAAUUUUUUUUACACACUAUAGGUACACAGACAAACAGGUUAGACAGAACAGAUUUUAACUCCGAGUGAAUGGCCUAAUGGACUCACACAGAUGAGGUUUAACACAUAACUGGACUUCACUGUCCCAAAUGAAUCGGGAUUCAUUUGGGUCAGAUUGUACUGGUCUCGGCCAGCCUGCUGCCAGUGUACAAGAUGUUCAUAUUUCUUUUUCUUUUUUUUGGGGUGGGGGGGGGGUCAAAUGUUUUGUUUACUGUAUAAUGGGAGUAAGCACUAAGCGUUGUUUGCCCUUGGAUGUUGAGUGUGUGUGUGUGUGUGUGUGUGUGUGUGUGUGUGGAUGGUGAGUGUGCGUGUGCGUGCGUGUGUGUUGAGGAUGCGGUUGUAGUAUGUGCAAUAGCGCUCUCGUCUUGUAGUAUACUGAUCUGUAAUUUCUAAGGAGAAUGAACCCAUAUGUAAGGCAAAUGGGCUUUGGAUGUGGGUUAAGCUGAAUUACCACUUUAUUAUUAUUUUUUUGCAAAAACGUGGAUGUCGAAAUAGUAUUAUUUUAUUUGGUUUGCAGUCAAUAAAAAUGAACUAUCUUAAUUCUAGAAUUAAUUUGCAGGAUGUGGUGACAUUAUGACCUGACGUUUUUAUGUUUUGAUGGAAAUGUUAAAAGGAUAGUUUGGGAUUUUGGCAAUGAGGACCUUUAUCUACUUCACCAGAGCCCAUAGAACUUGUCUGUAUAAUUUUCAUGUGUCUGUGCCAGAUAUGAAGAAAGUUUUAUGUUGUUUUGCAUUCCAAUGCUAGAAAAGAUCCAUUCCUAUGAUUGACCUCUAGGAUGUUUUUUAAAAUAAAUAAUAUUCCCCUCAUCACUUUAAAUUAAAAUGUAUUCAAUUAACACUGGAUAUGUUCAUGGUUUUCACUGCUGUUGGUGGGCUUCAGUGUGAAAUGUGUUAUAGUUAUCCGUUCUACAAAGGAUUAUUUGUAUUUCAACGAAGACAUAUAUAUUCCCUAUGGACUUCCCAGCUAGUGAAUUUAAUGUCCAGAAAAGGAAUUCAUUAAGGUAGUUCAUCUGACUUUUUGGAAGUCAGUAAUGGACCUCAUUGCCAAAAUUCCUUUCCAUCCCAUUAAAUGAUAUGGGGUGUAUUUGUGAGAUUCUUUGACCAUAUGAGGAAUAAAUGUUUGAUUUGCCUUGAUAACUAAAUAAACAUGGCUUCUUUUCCAAUU